CGUCGCUUGUCCAACCUACGUUUCAAAGUCCUCAAGGACUCUACCAGGACUGAGCUACUGAUUGCGGCCUGAAAAUGGUGCUUAAAAUCGGAUACGUCAGAGAACAUUUCGCCACUCCCUUGCUGCAGUAUUAUGCUGAGCAGCCGAAAGACAAUGCAGGAAAGCCAACAAUCUUCGAGUUGGACGAGACCGGUGACGGGACCGGGAAGCUCAUUAAGAACCUUAAAGCUGGCGAGAUAGACAUAGCAGUCCAAGCUCAUGUCGUAGACAGUGGGCUGACAGAGUCCCUCAUCAAGGGCAUCGUCGAUGGUUCCAAGGAGGGUUCCGAAGCCUACAAGAUCGUAGGCCUCUACGUCACCUCCCCGCUCCGCUGGGCAGUUAUCACCGGUAACGCUGGAGGCAAGCCCAAGUACAAGGAUAUCUCUGAGCUAGAUGCUAUAGCCAAAAGCUCUGAAGGCAAAAUUCGAGUCGGUAUCUCUCGUCCCGGCAGCGGAAGCCAGAACAUGGCAUACGUUUUGGCUCACAACCGAGGCUGGCAUGCGGACAAACUUGAAUGGAUAGAGAACGGCAAGGUUGACCCGCUGAUGGCUUCCGUUAACGCUCCCAAGGGAGAUGCCAACGCGACCGACAUUUUCAUGUGGGAGUGGAUCACGACUAGGGCUGCUGCUCGCCCCGAAGGUGCGACUCGCCACGAUAAUUUGAAGGUUCACUUUGUUGACGAGGUCCUGACACCGUGGCCAUCCUGGCUCAUUGUUGCAUCUACGAAGACGAUCGCGGGCACUGCAUCUGCUGACGCUGUAAAGGCCUUCCUCGAGGGGCUCAACAAGCACAUUCGCGCGUUCUCCUUGGACAAGACGCUCGAUGGGCCGAACUUCGAGUUCCUGAAGAAGAACUUCAGUACUCAUACCGAUGAGGAUCUCCAGGCAAGUCCAGGGUCAGCCACAGAUGUCCGAGAAUGGCUGGGGAAAGUAUCCUACCCCGAGAGCUGCCUCGAUGUCCCGUCUGACUUAAUACAGAAGACCCUCAAGGGGCUCGAGGACGCUAAGGCACUUCAACUCCCUUCUGGAGGAUAUCCAGAUUCGAUGUUCCUUGGCAGCUUUGAAGAAUUCGUCACACGGACGUAAAGUCCCUGUGGAUGCACCUGAAAGGAUGGGAGGAAACGACAGGUGGAAUACCAGUUGUAAAUCGGCUAGAUUCAGCCUGUACGAACAUCCAAUAUUCUCAAUGCCAAUUAGAAGACCCGU